GGGUGUUACAUUCUAAAAUAUCCGACUCAUGUGACUCUCUCAGUCACAGCUAGUUGGAGGUUGCAGUCUGCAGGGGAAGUAUGGAGCUGGCUGUUGUUUGGUUCUUCACCACCUUUUUUAGUUUAGUACUUUUAACACCGUUAAUUUUACCAGAAGAGGAAUAUCAGUUCAAACAGUGGAUGUCACAGCACAACAACGUUUAUGACGCUGAGGAGUAUCACCACCGGCUGCGCAUAUUCACGGAGAAUAAGAGGGAAAUUGAUCGUCAUAAUGCCGGGAACCACUCGUUCACAAUGGGCCUGAAUCAGUUCUCGGACAAGACAUUUGAGGAAUUUAGGAAAUUGUUCCUUUUGACUGAGCCUCAGAACUGCUCAGCUACUAACGGAGGUCAUGUCGGCAGGGCUGGUCCUUAUCCCGAGUCUGUAGACUGGAGGAUGAAGGGCAACGUUGUGACUCCCGUGAAGAACCAGGGUCACUGUGGAAGCUGUUGGACCUUCUCUACUACUGGCUGUCUGGAGUCGGUGAAUGCGAUCGCUACCGGGAAGCUGAUACCUCUGUCGGAGCAGCAGCUGAUCGACUGUGCCAAAGACUUCAACAAUUAUGGAUGCAUGGGUGGCCUCCCCAGCCAGGCGUUUGAGUACAUCAAAUACAACAACGGUCUUAUGACAGAGGAGGACUAUCCCUACAAAGGCUAUGAUGACUCUUGCAAUUUUGAGCCUUCACUUGCAGCUGCUUUUGUCCUGGAUGUUGUCAACAUAACAAGUUAUGAUGAAAAGGCCAUGGUUGAUGCCGUGGCCCGACUCAACCCUGUGUCCUUUGGCUUUGAGGUCACAGCUGAUUUUAUGCACUACAAAGAAGGUGUUUACACCAGCACCCAGUGUAAGAGCACACCAGACAUGGUGAAUCAUGCAGUCCUGGCUGUGGGUUACGGCGCUGAAGAGAACGGCACGCCGUAUUGGAUCGUGAAGAACUCUUGGGGCACAGCCUGGGGAAUGGACGGAUAUUUUUUGAUAGAGCGAGGAAAGAACAUGUGCGGACUGGCUGCGUGCUCUUCCUACCCUCUACCUUUAUUUUGAGGAGCAACAAGGCAACAAAGUGGAGGACUGAUAAAACUCAGGAAAAUGUCAUCUAGAGACAACAUACACACACACGGAGGGAACGUGAUGGGGAAGUUGGUGCCGUCAUGUUCCUCGAAGUGUUUUACGUAGACGUUUGAUUUCUCAACAAUAUGAACAUAUCAUCAAAUAUUUUAAACUGUUUGCUCUCAUCAUUACUGUGUGGUGCAUUUGCUUCUCCUUGUUUUAAUGUUGGAAGUUUUCAUUUAUUAUCUUUGUUGUGGAGCUCUUUUUUUGAGACAAUUACUGUUGUUAAUGACUACACAAAGAAAAUGUAUUUAAUCGUAUAAAGUAUGACUUCGAAGACGCUUGUACCAUGCAGUACUUUGUGUUAAGGAAGCGGCCACCUUACCAACACUGUUCAUAUAAUCAGGUAUGCGACAUGCAUGGUGUUACUCUGAGCAAUAAACAUCCCUGUAGAUCAGUGAGAUCAUGUCAUGGCAGAUCAUCGAAUUGAUUUUUCAGUGAGUGUCCUCUUUAUGGCUCCAUAAAGACAGUCACUAGAGUGUAAAAAUAUCUGAAUGUCUUCAAAGACAGGGACAGCCUGCUUUUCCUACCAACCUGCUCUGAUUAACACACUUUAGAGAUGCACAAAAGGCCCAUUAAGGAGUCAGCUCAGAUAUCAACUGUUUGUUUACAUUUUUACAUAUUUUUGAUAAUAAACAAUUUCCCCCUUCUACUUAUGGGUCUUAUGUUA